AUGAAGCUGUGGAAACGAGCAGCCGCCGCAAUAAAAGACCGUAAAAGCUUAUUAGCAGUCGGAUUCUCACGGCGAACAUCACACCACAACUUAGACCUCGAAGCAGCCAUCAUCAAAGCCACCUCCCACGACUCCUCCUCCGUCGACUACUCCAACGCUCACCUCGUCUACAAAUGGAUCCGAUCUUCCCCUCAUCUCAACCUCAAAACCCUAAUCCACACCCUCUCCUCCCGCGUCAACCACACCCGCAGCUGGAUCGUCUCCCUCAAAUCACUGAUGCUUCUCCACGGUGUCCUCUCCUGCAAACUCCCUCCCGUCCUCGGAGAACUCCGAAGGCUACCUUUCGACCUUUCGGAGUUCUCCGACGGACAUUCUUGCCUCAGCAAGACCUGGGGGUUCAACCUCUUCGUCCGCGCUUACUACGCUUUCCUUCAUAGCUAUUCUUCUUUCUUAUCCGAUCAGUUCAAUCAUCGCCGCCCCGCGAGUAAUCGGAGAUUUUCGGAGCUCGAAAGGAUUCGGAAACUGCAGUCUCUUCUCGAUUUGAUUCUUCAGAUCCGUCCCAUUGCUGACAACAUGAAGAAAACGUUGAUUUUAGAAGCGAUGGAUUGUAUAGUCGUCGAGAGUAUCAAUAUCUAUGGUAGAAUAUGCAGCGGCGUCAUCAGAAUUCUUCCGAAUUCUGGUAAAACUGACGCCGCUGCGACCCUGAAGAUCGUCAACAAGGCGACGUCUCAGGGAGAAGAUUUAGCUAUGUUCUUCAAGCUUUGCAAAGGCUUUGGAGUAGCGAACGCGAGGGAUACGCCUCAGUUUGUUAGUAUACCAAAGGCGGAAGUAGAAGAAAUCAAGAAAAUGAUUGAGAACGUUCAAGAAGAAGAUGAAGUAGUAGUAGUAGAGGAAGAGAAAGAGAAAGCUAUUGUGGUUUUGGAGAAGCCGAGAUUGGAGACGAUCGUUACAGAGAAAUGGGAGGUUUUUGAAGAUGAUGAGUGUUGUUUCCAUGAAAAGGUGAUUAAAGAAUAUCAAAAGCAUCCUCUGCCUCUUAUAGUAUCGUACCAGGAACCAGCUUAUAUCGAGUACAUGAUGCCAGAUUUGAUUACGUUCUAA